AUGAGCUCUGACAACAGAUAUAAUGAUCACCAAAUCCAUCCUGACUUCUGGCAACAUGCGGCUUCUUACAAUGGUAGCAGCAAUAUUUUAAUUAUUAUCAUCCUUGUUUUCUCUAUUUUUAUCCUCCUUGUCUGUGCUUAUCAUCUCUACCCAAGAUUCGUUCUACGCGGCCGUAGAUCCACCUUCCAAGGCCACUCUUUCACCAUCGUUACUCAGCCUCCCAAACAUGGCCUUGACAUAGUUGUCAUUGCUUCUCUCCCUACAUUUGUGGUUGGAGUCAACCGUGACGAGGAAUCGGCUACGGAAUGUGCAGUAUGUCUAGCCUUGUUGGAAGAGAAAGAUAUGGCGAGGAUGUUACCAAACUGCAAACACAUUUUCCAUGUGACAUGCGUUGACACAUGGCUCGCAACGCACUCCACUUGUCCUAUUUGUAGAAGUGAAGUCGAGCCGAGUCAACGACUUGAGCCUGAGCCAAGAGAAGGGCCUGUUGGUGACCGUGCAUCUUCGUCGAAUUACAAGAGUGGCAGUGGCGGGUCAUCGGUUGUGCGGUUAGAUUCGUUUCAGAGGAUUUUGACAAGAGAAAGAUCUUUGGACGGGGACGAUCAUUCUCGCAUCGACCAAGAUCGUGUAUUAGAUCUUGAGAGACUAUGAAUAAUAAGUACUCUUGUUCACGUUACAAUAGUACUCUUGUUCUUACCUAAAUCUUUGUAUGUUACUGUACAAAAAUACACAUUAUUACAAAAGCAGUUGUUGA